UGCAGCGCGGACAUUGCGUCUCUCUCAGACCUCCCUCUUCGCCGCUUUCCCCCACUUUCACUCGUAGUACUCGAGCACAGCCAUGAGCUCCAUGUCCGCGCUCACCGUCCUCUGCCUCUGCUUCUUUUCGUGCCCUGGAUUUAUUGGAUGUAAACCCUCGUCGUCUUGCCCGAGCGGGCAGUUUCUGCUUAAAAACCAGUGCGUCCUGUGUCAUCCCACCUGCUCCGAGUGCGACGGACACGAGCUGUUUGACUGCGUUACCUGUGGAGUUUAUGAAGACGGACAGGAGCGUUUCCUGCACCAAGGUCGCUGCCGGACGCACUGCCCCAGGGGAUUUUACCCUGACAGGGGUCACUAUGUCUGCCUGCCCUGCAUAGCCAAUUGUGAACUCUGCACAGAUGGCAAUUUGUGUGCCAAAUGCCGGGAACACUACAAACUUCAGAAUGGGGUCUGCCAACCAGCACUGUGUGGCACAGGACAGAUGCUGGACCCUGAUACAGGAGAGUGCAUCAACUGUGAAAUGGCCUGCAAAACGUGUUCUACAGACCCUGAGAUUUGCAGCAGCUGCGUUCAAGGUUACUUUCUUUUCAGACAGAAAUGCCGCAGACACUGCCCUCGGAGCACCUACGAGGACCACGUCAGUGGAGUCUGUCUGUCCUGUCCAGCGCCAUGUGAGGACUGCAGCACCAACACCCGCUGUCUCGCCUGUCAGCCGGGUUACUUCCUGAACGGAGAGGAGUGUAUAAAACAGUGUCCAUCGCAAACCUUCAGUGACUCCAGUGGGUGGCGCUGUCAGCUUUGCCACAGCUCCUGCCAGACCUGUCAUGGGCCUCAUUCCACAGACUGUGACCUCUGUCUGAGUGGGAAUCUGCCUCUGCAUGGACAGUGUCCCCAGGUUAACUGCCCACUUGGCCAGUAUUUUGAUGGGAAAUUUGGUGGUUGCCACUCAUGCGACCCAUCCUGUAAGACCUGCUUUGGCCCACAGGCGCUGGAUUGUUCUUCCUGUUUCCAAGGGUAUUUCUUGGACCUAGAGAGUUCUUGUGUAGAACAAUGUCCAUCGGGCUCUUAUGCGAACCCUGCCACCCGGCUGUGCGAAGACUGCUCGCCAAACUGCGAGGACUGCGUAGACACCAGUGAUAAUUGCAUCAGCUGCCCAAAAGGCAGCAACACAUUUUUCCUGUACAAAGGCCGGUGUUGGUCAAAUUGCCCAGAGGGUUUGUUUGAGACUCCAGACGGUUCAUGUGAGGCCUGUGAUAGCUCCUGCCGGACUUGUGAUGAGAACGAAUCUCAGUGUCUCUCCUGUCCUGAUGGCCACUACUUGGAGAGCGGCACAUGUAGACUGAACUGUUCACUGCGGGCGUACCCAGCAGAUGACGGUACCUGCAGACGUUGUCCUCCCCACUGUGAUGUCUGCUCUGAUGACAGAACCUGUUUCAAAUGUACGUUCCUCUACUUGAUGCUAAAUGGUGUGUGCAAGGCCAGCUGUCCCUUGGGUUAUUACGAGGACAUGGAGGAGGGCCUGUGCACUCAGUGCCACCCUACCUGUGGCAGCUGUUCUGGACCGCUGCCGGAUGACUGUGAGACCUGCUCAACUUUCAGUCCCAAGCUCUAUAAAGGUUCAUGUCUCAAAGACUGCCCUGUGGGUACCUACUAUGAGACAUCAGCUGUGGAGUGUCAGGAGUGCCACCAGACUUGUAUGAGCUGCAGUGGUCCAGACCCAAACCAGUGCACCCAGUGCGAGAGGGGACUGGUGCUGGAUCCCAGCACCUUACUGUGUGGCGUCACAGGAGACGAGGCGUGCCCGAUGAGAACAUACCUCCACGACAACCAGUUCACUUGCAUGGGCUGCCACAAGCACUGUUACUCCUGUCAGGGCCCUGGCAGUGAUGAAUGUCUGACCUGUGCUGUCCCCAGAUACCUUCAUAACAGCAGCUGUGUGGAUGAAUGUCCUGCUGCUACCUACUCCACAAGACAGAAAGCUGACGGACGGGAGCUGGGAUUCUGUUUGCCUUGUGACCACGUUUGCUCCAGCUGCACUGGGGCGUCGCCUCGAGACUGCCUGACAUGCUCUGUUGGAUACCUGCGGCUCUUCCAGCUCUGCGUCCUCCACUGCCCCACUGGGUAUUACAAACAGGGCUCUCGCUGCCAAAAAUGUGACCCAUCCUGCGAGUUGUGCACAGGCCCAGGGCCAGAGUCCUGCCGGGCCUGUCUCCCUCCUCUCCUGGAGCUGCAAGGCACCAAGCUGUGUGUCGAACGCUGCCCGCACCGCUUCUAUCAGGUCAAUGACCUCUGCAAACAGUGCCAUACCAGCUGUCAGGCCUGCACAGACUCCUCACCUCAAGGCUGCCUGAUGUGUGACAGGGGUAGCACUCUGAAGGACAGUGUCUGCUACCCACGCUGUGAGGAGGGGCAGUACUUUUCAGAAAUGGAAACCUGCGAGCUCUGUGACAGCUCCUGCAGGCACUGCGUCGGCCCCAGACCUGACCAGUGUCUGACCUGUCACCCAGACUUCGCCCUCCAUGCUGUAGAGAACCGUUGCUCCCACUGCUGUCAGGCUGCAGGGAAUCACACCAACUGCUGUGUUUGUGACACUCGCUCAGCUCUUUGUGUGGAGGCUCCUCUCUCCAGGUCUGGAGGUCACAAGGAGUUGGACACAAAUAUGUCCUCGCGGGCUGCGAAGCACACUUCUCCUCUUCUCCCUGUUGCCCUGCUACUGGCAGCCGGUCUGGCCCUGGCGGUCUUUGCCUUGGUUAAGACGCACGCCAGGAGGAGGCUUUGCUGGAGCCGAAGUUACGAGAGACUGAGUGAGAGCGGUGGCAUCAACAUGCCGCACGGCGUGCCCGAGCCUGACAGCGGUGAUGAGGUAGAUGUGGUUUACACCAGCCAAGGUGGAUCAGCUUAUAGACGCUACAGCUUCAUCCUUGAGCAGGACACAGACGCAGACCAAGGUGUCAUCGGAAAUCGGUCUUAGAUGCAUCCAUGCCAAGGUGAACUGUCGCUGACUGAUUACACCUGUAAAGUUUGGUUUGAAAAAGUAGUUUAGUUUAUGUUUAGAAAGACAUGGAGAUCCAUUUACAGAUGUUUACAUGUAAUCAUAGUGCUAGUUUGAGACUUUUAAUGAUUAUUUGAACAUGAUUUUGUUUAAAGUUAAAAUAAGUUUUAAAACAAGAGCUGCCUGCACAAGUUUGAAUUUGUGGUGGAAUUUCUCUACUCCGCAGAGUAUCAAAUGUAAUCUCUUACACUCCCACAAAUAUUUACAUAUACUGUCAUAAUGCAUGUUGUAGUCUGUGCAGAAAGCUUGGUAAUGAUAUAAAAGGGGUUUGGUAAAAGUGCAACCUGUUGAGGGUCAUUUAAAGAAAUUUUAUUGUGUGUGCAUGUAAAUAUUUCUGCACUGUGUACAUGAGGAAAAAAUCCCCAAUAAAUCCAAACUUGUACAUCCAA